CAAUCCGAAACUAAAUUUAAAGCCUCAAAGCAUCGCCCAUUUUAUAACUGGUUGAUAGUUCCAUUGCCAUUCUUCUAUCUUAUUUCUAUGGUUCAGUUGUUGUUGUUUCCAACGGACACUUUAUCGACUGUACAAACCGGAAGUGUGCGCGCGUCCGCGACUCCGCGUCACAGGAGAAGCUGUGAUCAGGUACUGGCAUAAACGAUUCAUCGGUGGUGAAUCUGCCCCGUGGAGUGAGCCGGCAUGGCCUCUGCCCCAGCACAGCAGCCCUCGCUCACUGUGGAGCAGGCAAGAGUUGUUCUCAGUGAGGUGAUCCAGGCUUUCUCCAUGCCCGAGAACGCAGCCCGCAUGGAGGAAGCCAGAGAAAGCGCCUGCAAUGACAUGGGCAAGAUGCUGCAGCUGGUGCUUCCCGUAGCCACUCAGAUCCAACAGGAGGUCAUCAAAGCAUACGGCUUUAACAAUGAGGGAGAAGGUGUUCUCAAAUUCGCACGGCUGGUUAAGAUGUAUGAAACUCAGGACCCAGAGAUCGCAGCCAUGUCCCUGAAACUCAAGAGUCUCCUCCUGCCGCCCCUCUCCACUCCUCCCAUCGGCAGUGGCAUCCCGACCUCAUAGAACAAGCCCCAACUCCCAGUGCAGAGAGUUCAAAAACCGGUUCGAUUUGAAAACUUUGUAUAGUGCAAAUACAUUCAGGGGUUCCAAAAUUCAAGUCUGUUUUGACACUUCUUCCAAGGGAAAAUAUUUGAAUAAAAAGUGAACAAUUAUUAGUGAACUUCUAACAUUGCUGUUUUCUUUCAGUGAAAUGAUUAGUAUUCAAAGCAUGUGUUUUUUUGCUCUCACACAUUUAUAUAUAUUAAUUUUGCUAAUGUUGAAUGUGUUUAUUUAUCAAGCAUAACUGUAAUUAAUUUGUUAUCUUGUUUGUUUUUAAACUUUUUUUUUAAUACGGUUUGCAUUAAUAAUUCACUCAUUUGCCCAUAUUAUUAAUAUAGAUCACAUUUAUACAUGAUCACUUUGUGACACUUCUUAUGAUCAUUAUUGUUUGCAAAACUUUCCAUAUCCAAUAAAGUCUUUUUUUUUU